AUGUACCCCAACCCUCUCAUGUACUGUACCUGCUGGGACCCCUGGAACUUGGGUCCACGGAAACUAAUCAAGACCACUCAGCCACCAAGAAAGAGCUUCACAGGGAAGCCCCAGCUAACUCCUCUUCCUCCAGCUUCAAAAAAACAAAAUUUUGUCCAACCAACAACAAAACCAGUUGUCUCCCCAAAAGUGAAAAUCCAGUUAGGAAAACAAGAGGAGAGCAAUCAAUUACCUUAUGAAGUGAUCAAUGUGUCACCUGGCUAUCGCCUCAUUCGAAAUAGGGAGCAGAUUUCCGUUACCUUGGGAGAUGAGAUGUUUAAUAGGAAGAAGCAUUUGAAAUCAGAGAUGAUGGACAAAAUCAAAAUUCCCAGGACUGAUAUCAUUAAUGACCUAGAAGAGCAGAUAUCAGAGCUGACAGUGAUAAUAGAGCAAAUGAACAGAGAUCACAAGUCUGCUGAAAAAUUGCUCUCCGAUGAAAUGGAUCUCCGCCGUGCUGAGAUGCAGCAGAACUUUGAAAACAAGAACAGGGAGCUCAAAGAGGCUCAUGCAGCAGAGCUCACUGAGUUGAAGAACAACUACAAAGCAGUCUUAGAGGCAGAGAAGUUGGCUUCUCAGGAAAAACUAGAGGAGAUGGAAAAGGAAUAUAAGUAUCUGAAGACUAUGUUUUAUAUGUAUCAGGACAGCAUUUAUGAUGAAAUGGAAGAUAAAUGGUCAAGGAAGAAGGCAGAAUGGGAGAAGGAUGAGCAACUGGAGCGAGAAAAGAUCUUGCUACAGCAAAAACGUAAAAUGACAAAGAAGUUUGAGCUAGAGUCAGAAGAAGAAAAGAAGAAAAUAAAUGACUCCUACAGUGCUAUCUUUGAGAACUUCAAUCGAGAGAAAGAGGAGCUCUUAAAACAACAUGAAAAGGACACCUUGCAAUUAGAGGAGCUAAAAAAGACCAAAGAGGUCAUAGAAGAAGAGUUGCAUGCACAAGCUGUUAUCCUAGAAUCACUUAACACAACCCUCUACCAAACCCAGAUGGAACUCCAGAGAGAGAAAACUAUGGUGGGAAAUCUGGAGAAAAUGCUCCAGACCAAGAUUGCCGAAUCUGAAGAGAAGUUUAAAUACACCAUACAGCUCCUGACAGAAGAAAAUAUACAUCUGAGACAAAAGAUAAUUGCCAAAAAUGAAGAAAUUUAUGAAGAACGAUCUGGAAGAUCGACCUCUAUUACUAUUUAUGAGGAUGAUUAUGACACUUUAGAAGAUAGUAGCAACAAAAGACAAGAAUUAUGAGCGAAAAAGUUGUUCUCUACCAUCUCUAUAAUCCUAGAGAACUCCCGUGAUGUUUUCUUGAGAGACGCAUAUGAUGAGUUUGGUUCUUGGGCUGCCUUGAUUUUACUUUUGUCUUUUCACAAUUUGCUUUCUUCCAAGUGGUUGGGAAUGUUUGAAUUCCCAAUUACAUAGAUUUUCAAGACUCUUUAUUGAAAAGUGAUUUUCUCUCUACCUGGAGCUGAGCUUUCUCUGGGCUUUAUACUAUUUUCUCUUCCACCUUUUCAUAUUUCAUUAUGAAGACACUGAUCUGAAAAACUUAUUAAAUAUUGACUAUAUUUUGGGGUGUACCUUUUGUCUCCCUUGGGCGUUUAGCUAGGAAGCAAGAUAAUUUAUUGAUUUGAUCCAAAAUCCUUUCUUUCUUACAUGAGUCUCCACUUUCCUACUUCUCAGUCAUAGCCUCUAACCCAUGAUUUGGGAAGAGUUUCUGAGGAUUCUUGCCACCUUCUCAAAACCAUUGCCAGAAUUCAAAUGCCCACAGGGCAAGCAACAUAAAUAAAUGAAGAGGGCUGGACAUAAAGAAGAACAAUCCCACAAGCACAGUGAUAAAUGGUAAUUGACUGCAGCUUCAGUGGAGGGGAUUGG